AUGGCUUCGGCUUCCUCCCAGAAACCUCGACCUCUACUCAUCCCACAUAAGCGCACCCUUUUACCCCUACCAACUAAGGGGCAAGGCCCCAAAGUAUACAAAGUCCUCAAUCCUAGCGCCAUCCCCGCAGAAAUGAGCAUCAAACAAUCAUACGAAGAGGCCACUCAAGAAAGACGUAAACACACAACUUCAAGCGCGCAUAACAAAAGUACAUUUGAAGACGAAGAAGACUACGAGCCCCAGCCCCCACUCUUUGAAGUCUCAUUCUCUAUGCCGCCACAGCCCUUCCUCGACCCACCGACUUGGGAAGCGAUGCUCAAACACAGCCGUGAGAGACUAGCGACACAGUCAACAAAAGAUGAACCGCGCUCAGCGUCGGAUCAGGAAGACGAAUGGGUAGAGCGAAUGAGACAACGAGUGGAGCGCGAGACGGAGUAUGGGUCAAUGGCUAUUCGGGGCCGGUCAAGUGUACGCGGGCGUGGGAAGAGGGGAAAGGGGAGAGGCGAUGUCUACUGGGGUGGUAGACAUUGA